GAGAUCCACCUUUCUGCUCUGAGAAAAAACUGGACACAACUCACAACUCACACUGAGAAGAGAGAUCCUGCCUUUACACAACUACAGGAGGAAAUACUUUAAUUUACAGAGACUUUAACUAGCUUCUGACUGGAUCAGUACGUUUUAAACACUUUGACACCAAAGUGAAAGUAAACUUCAGAUCACGGCAGGAGGGUGUGACUGGGUCAGAAAAUGGCAUCCAGCUCGUCUCUCCCAGAGGAGGAUCUCUCCUGUCCUGUGUGCUGUGACAUCUUUAAAGAUCCUGUCCUGCUGUCAUGUAGCCACAGCUUCUGUAAAGCCUGUCUGCAGGAAUACUGGAAGGGGAAUAAAGAAAAGAAUUGUCCAGUUUGCAGAAGAAAGUCAUCAAGGGAUUCCCCUCCCCUCAGCCUGGCUCUGAAGAACCUGUGUGAGUCCUUCUUACAGGAGAGACGUCAGAGAGCUUCAGCAGGGUCUGAGGUGCUCUGCAGUCUGCACAGUGAGAAACUCAAGCUCUACUGUCUGGAUGAUAAACAGACAGUGUGUGUGGUGUGUCGGGACUCUAAACUACACUCCAACCACAGAUUCAGACCCAUCGAUGAAGCUGCACAGGGUCUCAAGGAGGAACUCCAGCCUGCUCUGAAGUCCUUACAGGAGAAGCUGAAGAUCUUUAAUGAAGUUAAACAAACCUGCGAUCAAACAGCAAAUCACAUUAAGGUCCAGACCAAGCACACAGAGAGACAAAUUAUGAAGAGGUUUUAUAAGCUUCACCAGUUUCUACAAGAGGAACAGGAUGCCAGAAUAGCUGCAGUGAGGAAGGAGGAGAAGCAGAAGAGUCAGGUGAUGAAGGAGAAGAUUGAGGGGCUGAACAAAGAGAUAUCAACACUUUCACACACAAUCAGAGCCAUAGAGGAGGAGCUGAGAGCUGAAGACAUCUCAUUCCUGCAGAACUACAAGGACACAGUGAAAAGAGCCCAGUCCACUCUGCCGGAUCCACAGCUGGUCUCAGGAGCGCUGAUAGACAUGGCCAAACACCUGGGCAACCUGACCUUCAGAGUCUGGGAGAAGAUGCAGGACAUUGUCACAUACACUCCUGUGACUCUGGACCCCAACACUGCCCAUCCAGACCUCAUCCUGUCUGAGGAUCUGACCAGUGUGAGAUACAGUCAGAAGAGACAGCAGCUUCCUGACAACCCAGAGAGGUUUGAUUACUAUGGAUGGGUCCUGGGCUGUGAGGGCUUUAACUCAGGGACACACAGCUGGGAUGUUGAGGUUGGAGACAGUACAGUCUGGGACCUGGGUGUGUUAACAGAGUCUGUCCAGAGGAAGGGAAUCUUACAGGGUGGACACUGGGGAAUCUGGUUCGAUGAUGAUGAAUACACAAUAUCCUCACAGGGAUCACUCACUGUUCUCACAGUGAGACAGAAAGCCCAGAGGAUCAGAGUGCAGCUGGACUGGGACAGAGGAAAGUUGUCAUUCUCUGACCCUGAAAAAAACACACACGUACACACAUUCACACACACCUUCACUGAGAGAGUCUUUCCAUACAUUGCAAAUGACUGCACUCUCCACCCUCUGAGGAUCUUACCAGUGAAGGCCUCUGUAACAGUAGAACAGCACAGUCACUAGAGCUGAUACCACCUCUAUCUGGAACAGUAGAACAGCACAUUUGUGUGUUUACAACCUUCCUGUCAUGAAGGAAAACAACCUCUAACAUGAGCAUCCAGGUACAAAGAAGAAAGAUCAGCAGGAGUGAUUAUAUUUUAAGGAAGAAUGGUGCUCUUCAUGUAUGACAGUGUCUGAAUCAGAAGUCAUUUAGCCUUGCUGAAAAAAAAAUAUAUAUAACGCCUGUUUAGGCUGUAAUGUGCAUGUACACUAUGACAACACAUUUUCUACAAAUAUUUGCCAAAUCAAAUGCUUAGUCAGCGUACUUAAUUGUGAUACUUGUUUACUGUUGAACAUGAAUGUUGACUGUACUAAGCUUUAGUUUCUUUGUGAGCUCAUAACAUAUUAUAAUCUAUGAAAUGAUGUGAUAGUUGACACUGUUGGUCAUCUCUCACCUUCUCCUGAGUUUGAUUUAAAAAAGUCACUGUUUUACCACUAGAGGGAGAAAGAGGACAGCAGAUUGUUCCUCCAGUUGACUCUUUCAACCCAGUUUAGACACAGUACAACUCUUCACUGUUUAUCAAGCAUCACAUUCCAAACUCUGAAGGGUGGACAUGUUCAAAUAACUUAAUUACUACUUACAAAAAUCCCAACAUUAGAAGUCAUCAGUAUAAAAACACAUGAUCAAAUGUAGAGAUGCGGACACAUAUCAACAGCUGGUGAUCAGCUGGGAGGGUGGGGACAGGAGUGGGGCUCCGUCCUAAAACAGCUGUCCUCUACACCCAGACUCUACUGUCCUCUACACCCAGACUCCACUGUCCUCUACACCCAGACUCCACUGUCCUCUACACCCAGACUCCACUGUCCUCUACACCCAGACUGCACUGUCCUCUACACCCAGACUGCACUGUCCUCUACACCCAGACUGCACUGUCCUCUACACCCAGACUGCACUGUCCUCUACACCCAGACUGCACUGUCCUCUACACCCAGACUGCACUGUCCUCUACACCCAGACUCCACUGGAGGACCACGGUGGAGGGGGGAGGGGGUACUGGGGGAUGGAGGACUGGGCUCUGGUAGAGAGACUCAGAGGACAGGGUGGAGCUAGAAGCUCCCUGUAGCAGAUGUGUAGAAUGUCAGCCUUCUGGACACUGGCCAUUCAUUUGAAGUUAUACUUGGCCAAGAAAAGUCAGCUCUCUUGACAUUUGUUAUUCAUUCAAUAUUCCAUCUCGACAAAAUGUUAGCCUUCUGGACACUUUUUGUAGGUUUUCUAAAAUGUCUGCCUGGUGCGUUGUGAAAUGUUGGUCUGGUGACCUGUGAGGUUCAACUUAAAGGGAACAACAGUGAGAGAAUGUAUGUCUGUCCACUCCAGACUCCUCCAUGACUGGAGCAGGAGGGAGAGGCUGGCUGGUAUCCACUGGUGUAGGGCCAGCCUCCUCUCAUUGCAGUCCAGUAUUAAUCACUGGGAGGAGCUGGAGAUCUGAUCCUGUAUCAGAAGCUGGGAACUACUUUUACUCAUGUCAGGUGACAGGUCAUCUGUAACAGUUGUCAUUCCGUCUGGUGGUGGAAUAACCACACUCCAUCUGCCAUUCAUCUAGCUGACACACACACACAAACACGUACUCAUACACACAGACACACACACACAUACACACACCUCUGUAUUUUGUGAACAGAGAUGAGAUUGUUCAGAGACCAGACUGUCACUCAAGUCCUCCUUUCUCUUCUGUUCAGUUCAAUAAAGAUUCAUUGGAUUCAGUA